GUGCGCUCAGACGCGCUCGGCGUUCAGACUCGUAAGGAUCCCGAUGGCCCCUCAACACCGGGAUCGCGCUAACCAGACGAUCUGCCCAAGCUUGAUGCUUCCCUAGCAAAGGCAGGACCACGACAUCCCCCUCCUGGAAUACCGCAUUGUUUCUAAAUAUCCAGCCAGAGAGAGAAAGGUGAUGAUGCCGAUAAUGAGCUCGCGAUGGUGGAUUUCCCUUUUGUGCGUCUAUGCACUGAUGCACGUCGGUCACCAGAGCAGCCCUGAUCCCCAGAAUGGAGACGCCUUGUCGAGCCUGAAGGCUCUCCGUGAUGCGGGCAGGUUUGUGGGGAAGGAGGACACGGUGCCUCUUCGCCUGCUCUACAGCAGGCACAAUCUCAGCCAGAUCACACAUGAUGAGCUCAGCACCAGAGUUAAGGCCAGCCUCGACUCCACGCAGGUGGACCACGUGGCCCAGGCAAGCUUUCAAGUUGAUGCUUUUGGAAGCCAGUUCAUUUUGGAUGUGGAACUGAAUCAUGAUCUCUUGUCCUCGGGGUACGUGGAAAGACAUUUGUCAGAAAAUGGGAAGGCUGUCAUCACCAGUGGAGGGGAGCACUGCUACUAUCAGGGGAAGGUCAGAGACAUCCCUCGGUCCUUUGUGGCUCUCUCAACCUGUCAUGGAUUGUAUGGGAUGUUUUUCGAUGGCAAUCACACCUACAUGAUUGAACCUGAAGGAACAGGCAGCAGCAACGGAGACAUUCAUAUGAUAUACAAAUCUGCUGGACAAGAAGGACUAAGUGAUCUUCUUGGUGGUGAUCUACCAGAGCCGCCUUUCCCCAGCCCUCCAUUUCCAGGGUCAAAAGUUGUUCACUGGAGAAAAAAGAGACAGGCUCCACAUAUGUCAGGUGUAGAAGAUGAGACCAAAUACAUUGAGUUAAUGGUGAUCAAUGAUCAUUUAAUGUAUAAGAAGCAUCGUCUUUCCGUUGGGCUCACAAAUAACAAUGCUAAGACAGUGGUCAAUAUGGCUGACAUGAUUUUCAGGGAACAGCUUAAUACCCGAAUUGUGCUUGUUGCCAUGGAAACCUGGUCAGCUGACAACAAGUUUAACAUUGAUGACGACCCUAUGGUGACACUCAAGGAGUUCAUGAAGUACAGAAAAGACUUCAUCAAGGAGAAAUGUGACUCAGUUCACCUCUUCUCAGGUAAUCGCUUUCAUAGCAGCUGGGGUGGAGCCUCCUAUAUGGGUGGAGUUUGCUCGCUCACUAAAGGAGGGGGAGUCAAUGAGUACGGUAAAACAAAUGAGAUGGCCAUCACCCUCGCUCAGUCUCUAGGACAGAACAUCGGCAUUUUCUCUGACAAGAAGAGGAUCCUCAACGGUGAAUGCAAAUGUGAUGACCAAUGGGCAGGCUGCAUCAUGGAUGACGUUGGUUUCUACCUACCCAAGAAGUUCUCUGAUUGCAAUGUGGAGGAGUACCACAAUUUUCUGAGCAGCGGUGGCGGAGCAUGUCUGUUCAACAAACCUCUGAAGCUGCUGGACCCUCCAGAGUGUGGCAAUGGCUUCGUGGAGCAUGGAGAGGAGUGUGACUGUGGCAGUCAAGAGGAGUGUAACAAAAAAGGGGCGAACUGCUGUAAGAACUGCACCCUGACUAAAGGCUCCAAUUGUAGCAACGGACUCUGCUGCAAUAACUGUCAGGUGGAGUACAUGGGAGUUGUGUGCAGAGAUGCUGUGAAUGACUGUGACAUCCCGGAAAAGUGCCCGGGCAAUUCCAGUCAGUGUCCACCAAAUGUCCACAAAAUGGAUGGUUACACUUGUGAAAAAGACCAAGGUCGCUGCUUCAAUGGAAGGUGUAAAACCAAGGACAGGCAAUGCAAAUACAUUUGGGGAGAGAAGGCAACAGCAGCUGACAAAUUUUGCUAUGAAAAGCUCAACAUUGAGGGAACAGAAAAAGGCAACUGUGGGAAGGACAAGGACACCUGGAUCCAGUGCAACAAACAGGAUGUUCAUUGUGGCUACUUGCUGUGCUCCAACAUCUCACCUGCACCACGUCUGGGAGAACUGCAAGGAGGACUGACAUCUUUCUCAGUGGCCCAACACAGUGCUUCUCUGGACUGCAGUGGAGCUCAUGUGCUGAUCGAUGGCGACACCGACCUGGGAUAUGUCGAGGAUGGGACAGCCUGUGGAACGGACAGCAUCUGCUUCAAUCACAAGUGUCUCCCAAUUCAACAGUUUAACUUUAGCACCUGUCCCGGGACAACUGACAAGACCAUCUGUUCUGGACACGGGGUGUGCAGUAAUGAGCUGAAGUGUGUGUGUUACCUGGGCUGGACAGGAGAGGACUGUAGCUCCACGUCUCCAUUCAGUCAUCCUGUGCUGGGACCCAUUGCCCCCAUCUCAGGUAUCACCAGCACCAACAUCAUUAUUGGAGCCUUUGCUGGUUCUAUCCUCUUCCUCGCCCUAAUUCUGGCAGUUACAGCCUGGUGCUAUAAAAGCUACAAGAAAAGACGCUACGUCGAGUCAGAGGUUCACAGAAGAUUCUGCCGACAAAUUCCCCCAGGUGACUAUGUCACCAAACCUGGGGAUGCAGAUUCAUUUUACAGUGACAUGCCUCCAGGCGUCAGCACAAACUCCGGCUGCAGCUCCAAGAAGAGGUCAGCCUGCCUGUCGCACCUGCAGAUUUGCACCCUGUCCUUCACUCCCUCCAUCCCAUCCAUUUCUCAGAACAUCUCAGUGUUUGGCUUCAGAUCUAACGGCCUAUCCCACUCCUGGAGUGAGAGAAUCCCAGAUGCCAAACAUAUCUCAGAUAUUUGCGAAAAUGGGAGACCUAGAAGCAACUCAUGGCAAGGAAAUCUGAGUGGUAAUCGGAAGAAGCUGAAAGGGAAGAAGUUCCGUGCACGGUCUAACUCCACAGAGACACUAUCCCCUGCCAAGUCUCCCACUUCCUCAACAGGAUCAAUUGCAUCCAGCAGAAGGUACCCAUACCCUAUGCCCCCACUCCCCGACGACCAGAGAAAAGCCAACAGGCAGAGCGCAAGGCUGUGGGAGACAUCAAUAUAAGAACAGCCUUGCCCAGUCUGCCCUACAAGAGCUACAGCUGUCUCCUUUACUAUGAACGAAAAACACAAAAAUGCAACAAAAUUGACUCUAAGCUUCUAAAGAGAUAGAGAGAGAGCCCCCGCUGGACAGGAAGUAGACAGGUCUGUUUGAAUCGGUGUGUACGAGUGUUUUCGAGGCUGUCUUGCCAGAUGGCAUCUCUACAAGACGAUGCAAAGAAAGCUCUGCAUUUACUCCAGAGCAGCUUGAACUCAGACCGAGCUGUUCCUGUCUGUUCAAGCCUCACAAAUGGGACAGGAUACCCCAACACUCUGACACCCCCACCCCUCCUCCCACACACACACACACACAUACACAUUUUUUUCUCAGCACUCCCAACUCCAUUGCCCCAAGGCAUUCAACCUCCUCUUUAAAAGGAGCAGCGGUGCCAGGAGCAAGCCAUUGCAUCACUCUGCACUGAUGGAUUUUUGUCAGGUCCUUUUUUACGCACAUGAAUCACUGUAGAAAGUCCUACACUGUAUGCAUGAGACAACCCUGUUUAUCAGCAGCCUCCUCCUACUGACAAAGAAGAAAGGAGUACUGCUCCGAUUUGAAGGGAAAGCAUGCGAGGGGGCAGUGAUUUUUAUACCUUCUGUUGGUGUAAAGCUUUUCUCCACUAAAAGUAACCCUUAUAUAAAAAUAACCCAUAUUUUGGACCCAACCUGACCCAAUCUCACCCUCCCCUCAGUUUGCUGGUGUGUGUAUAAAUAUGUAUAGUAAAAUACACACAUAGUAUGUUUUUGAAAGAUGAAAUCACAGAGAGAAACUUAGCUCUCUAUUCUGCUGAACUGUGCUGUAGACAGAGGCGGAUGUCUGUAGAUAAAUGUAAAGAUCCUGCAGUCAAUUUUUUUAUGGGUUUU